AUGUCCCCAGAGCCGCAGUUACACGUGGCGGCCUGGGAAUGCCGUGGGUUUCAGCGGAUCGGAGGCAGCGCCAGCGUGUGGGGUAGAAAUGACUCGGUGAAGGGACAGUGGGGCUCGGGUCACGGCUUUAUUUGUGUGAUUGCUCAUGUAACUGCCACAAAAAUGCCAACCCUUAACCGACACGAAAAGGAGAAAUUCUUUGUAAAUGCUGAAGGAAGGAAAGAAGCUGUACCAAGUAUACAUGAUCCCCCUACAAAGGAACUCUCUGUUGUUGUGCCUUCAUACAAUGAGGAAGACCGGUUACCUCUUAUGAUGGAUGAAGCUUUGGCUUAUCUAGAAAAAAGACAGAAACGAGAUCCUUUCUUCACUUACGAAGUAAUAGUAGUUGAUGAUGGUAGUAAAGAUCAAACCACAAAGGUUGCAAUGAAGUACUGCAAGAAAUAUGGAAGCGACAAAGUGCGAGUGCUUUCUUUGGUAAAAAAUCGAGGGAAAGGAGGAGCAGUCAGGAUGGGUGUCUUUAGUUCUCGGGGGAAAAAAAUUCUUAUGGCAGAUGCAGAUGGAGCUACAAAAUUUGAAGAUAUUGAAAAAGUAGAAGAUGGUCUAAAAAAACUUCAGCCAUGGCCUAACCAGAUGGCUAUUUCCUGUGGUUCAAGAGCUCAUCUGGAGAAGGACUCAAUAGCAAAGCGCUCUUACUUCCGAACUCUUCUCAUGUAUGGGUUCCACUUCCUCGUGUGGUUUCUCUGCGUCAAAGAGAUCCGGGACACACAGUGUGGAUUUAAACUGUUAACCAGAGAAGCUGCCUUGAGGACUUUCUCAACUCUUCAUAUAGAACGCUGGGCGUUUGAUGUGGAACUUCUUUAUAUAGCUCAACGGUUGAGAAUACCUAUAGCAGAAGUUGCUGUAAACUGGACUGAAAUUGAAGGUUCUAAGUUAGUUCCCUUUUGGAGCUGGUUGCAGAUGGGCAGGGAUCUUCUUUUUAUACGACUGCGAUAUAUGACUGGUGCCUGGCAGCUUGAAACAAGAAAAUGUAAUUAG